GAAGCUUGACAGGGUGCUCGUUAGUGAAGCGUGGAACAUUAAUUUUCAACAAUCAGAAGCAAUUUUUCUACUUGCAGGUGCUUCCGACCAUUGCCCUUUCACUCUCAAAAUUGGACAAGAAAAAAGGAAAAGAAGGAGCCCCUUUAAGUUCUUUGACUUUAUGGCAGAAAGGGGGGACUUUUUAACUACUAUGGAAGGGAUCUGGAGGGAGCCCAUUCAAGGAACACAACAGUUCCAGGUUAGCUGCAAACUCAAGAAACUUAAGGCCAUUUUCAAAUCUAGAAGUAAAGAGGUGGGAUAAGUAUCUGCAAUUGCAAAGGAAGCAAAAGAGGCUUUGGAAAGGUGCUAAAGCAGAUUAGCUCACAAUCCAAUGGAUUAUAGCCUCAAAGUCCAAGAAAGACAACUUUUAGCUAGCCAAUCCAAUGCGGCUAGAAAUGAAGAAUCCUUUUUCAAACAGAAAUCAAGAGUAUUGUGGUUGAAGGAGGGAGACAAAAAUACAGCAUACUUUUUCCAGACUAUGACUAAGAGGAGGAACAGAAAGAAAAUCCUGUCUCUCCAAACAGAAAAUGGGGUCACAAUCGAAGGAGACAUAACAGUGAAGAGAGAAAUUGUGGAGUUCUAUCAGCAACUGCUUGGAAGUAAAAGCCCUACUAGUAGUGGUCAAGCAAGGAAAAGAAUUCUUUUCUGCAUGGUGCAUCCAAAACUUAAUGAACAGCAGUCGAAAGACAUGAUAAGAGAGGUUUCUGCGGAUGAGAUAAGGGAGGUGUUUUUGGAGGCUUGGCCAGUGAUAGGAGGCGAUGUUAUAGGUGCAAUUAGAGAGUUUUUUUCCACUGGGAACAUGUUGAGAGAAUUCAACAAUACCAUCAUCACCUUGGUACCCAAAGUACAAAAUCCCACAACUAUGGGGGAGUUCAGGCCUAUUUCAUGCUACAAUGUGAUCUACAAAGCAAUCUCCCAGAUCAUUGCUAAUAGAAUAAAAAAGUAUUUGAAUGGCAUUAUCAAUCCUAGCCAGUCAGCCUUUAUACCAGGGAGGAGGAUCAGUGAUAACAUUCUCUUAGCACAAGAGAUUAUGAGGGAUUAUCACAAGGAGAGGGGUUCACCUAGAUGUACUGUAAAGGUCGAUAUCAUGAAAGCUUGUGAUACCAUUGAUUGGCAGUUCAUAAUUGACACAUUAGAAGCUUUCAAUCUUCCUGCUAGAAUGAAGAGCUGGAUAUGGUCUUGUAUUGCUUUUCCUAAGUUCUCAGUGAACAUUAAUGGAGAACUUGAAGGAUUUUUUCCCAGUGCAAGGGGGCUAAGGCAAGGGGAUCCUUUGUCCCCCUACCUAUUUGUUUUGGCUAUGGAGGUCCUCUCAUUGUCAACAAAUCAAAGAAUCAACUCCAACGCUCAGUUUAAGUUCCAUUGGAGGUGCAAAAAGCUGAAGUUAUGUCAACUCACAUUUGCUGAUGAUUUACUGAUGUUCUGUCAUGGGGAUAUUCAAUCUGCUACGACAUUAAAGGAGGCUUUAAACCAAUUUCCAUGGCUAUCAGGAUUACAAGUUAAUCCCAAGAAGAGUUCUUUAUUCAUGGCAGCUGUUGAUCCUCAAGACACGAAGCAAAUUAUUGAUUUAUUUGACUUCCCUAAAGGCAACCUGCCCAUCAGGUACUUGGGGAUUCCUCUGAUCUCCACCAGAAUGAGGACUAUACAUUGUCUCCCUCUUAUCAAAAUAAUUGAAAGCAGAGUCAAGAGCUGGACAAACAGGUUUCUUUCAUAUGCAAGGAGGAUGCAGCUGAUAACAUUUGUGCUUGGUAGUAUCCACAUUUUCUGGUCAUCUCAUCUUACCAGUGCAAGUUUUGGAUAAGGUUGAGCAGAUAAUGAGAGCUUUUCUGUGGAAAGGGGUUGAGCUGACAACUUCUGGGGCAAAAGUAGCUUGGAUUGAGAUAUGCAGACCAAAACAUGAGGGAGGCCUGGAAAUUAAAUGUCUUAAGGAAUGCUCUCAUGAUGAGGUACAUGUGGCUAUUGUUUGUGGCUAUUGUUCAAUGAUAAAGAGAGCCUAUGGACCAAGUGGAUCCAUGCUUAUCACCUGAAGGGCAGAAGCCUCUGGGUAGUAAAGGGCUCUAGCACUAGCUCAUGGAACUGGCAAAACCUACUGAAAGCAAGGAGGUUGUUCAGACCACACCUAACACAUUUGAUUGGGAAUGGUGAAUCCACUAGUCUUUGGUAUGAUAAUUGGCACCCCAAUGGGCCCCUCACAAUGAAUUGGGAUCCCAGGAUAAUCGCAGACUCUAGACUGCCCAGGGAAGCAAAAGUGAGUUGCAUCAUAACCAACAACCAAUGGCAUUGGCCUUGGGGCACUACUGCUGAAAUCAAGGAAAUAGCCAACUCAAUGCCAGCAUAUGUUCCUAAUCAAGCAAGAGAGGAUAGGGUUAAAUGGAAUCCUAGUACAAGUGGGAAGUUCACAACCGAUUCUGCUUAGGUUAUUUGGAACAAGCUUAUGACUAUGAGCUCUCAAGCUUGGCAAUAUAGAUGCUGGACUGAUUUUAUUCCCUGGGCUGCUCUACUUUGGAAAGGCAAUUCCUUAUUGACUGUGUUAAAGAAAUUAUGCCUCCAAACGACUGUCUACUACCUAUGGAGGGAGAGGAACAACAGGCUCUUCAGGAAUCAAUUCAUGGACCAUGAUUCAACACUACACAGUAUAUUGAUGGUCAUUAGGGACAAAAUGGCUUCACUAAGGUUUGAUAAUUGUCAACAUAACCAGCAGGUAGCAAUGCAAUGGCAGUUACCAACUCAAUGCCUAAAUGCAUAGUGUUUGUGGCAAGGGAAAUCUUUCCUUCCUAUGACGUGAGAUCUUGGAUUGCUAUCUUGCAAAUCAGUGGGUUAACUGGCAGAAUAGUACGGAAGCGUGCACUCUUAGGAUCUCUCUGGCUUUUACUGUUUACUAUCUAUGGAUGGAAAGAUUUUACAGGCUAAUUUUGAUGCUUGUUGCAUCAAUGAUUUGAUGUUUACAAGGCUUGCCUCCAUUCAUCUCGGUUUGGGAUUCUUGGGGAAGUAUUGGCUCAAGGCCUAUACUUCUCUCAGAAUUCCUAACUUGAGAUGGAUCUCUGUUUUUAUUUUUUGAUUUACGAGCUUGGGGCUGCCUACUUGAUGUUUGUUGCUGUUGUGUUGUGCUGGGCUGCUUUGCUUGCUGCUGUGUUAUGCUGGGCUGUUUUGCUUGCUGCUGUGUUGUGAUGGGCUGUUUUGCUUGCUGCUUGAUGUUUGUUACAGCUGCGUUGUUGAUGCUGAUUUUUGCUAUAGCAAAUGGCUUGCUAUGGGUUCAUAUGAACCAUUGUUCUUUGUGUUUGUUCUCUUGUCGUACUUGGUCUGAUCUUGCAUAUCAGUGGUGUUAAGGGGAUUGUGUUUUGAGCCUCGGUUUUUUGAAUUUUUUAAUGUUUGUUUUUGGGUCCUACGUGACUUCAUUGUACAUUUUAUGGCUGAUUACCCUUGUAUAUUUGUUUUAUUUUAAUA